GACACUACGACACUCCAGGUCGCGAACUCCACACGCACAACUUGGGCGCUUUAUGAACAUUGCGAGAUUUCUGUCACUUUCUGCACAUCAAUUUGAGUGAAACGGUGCAAGAUUAAGGCCACAGCCGCCAUCCAGCUCGGCGGCCCCUCAAACUCACGGCAACGGCUUUGCUGACUCGCGCUCGACCGGGUUGUCGUGAUCGCGAAGGCCAUCACCGCCGCCAGCCGUUCGCAAAGCGCAAAGUGUGAAAGUAUGGCCUCUUUCAAGGCAGCGCUGAUUGUGGUGGACAUGCAAGAGGACUUCUGCGAGCCAAACGGCUCACUUGCAGUCAAAGGGGGCAGAGAGGUCGCGUCUGUCGUCAACGAUCUGCUGGAUUGGCCCGGUUUCGUGAUCAAGGUGGGCACGAAGGACUAUCAUCCUCAGGAGCACAUUUCCUUUGCAUCAAAUCACCCAGGCACUCAGCCGUUCACGUCGUCACAUACCAUUACCAGCCCGGAGAAUGCGUCGGAAUCGCAAACUACGCUGCUCUGGCCGGAUCAUUGCGUCCAAGGCACAUCGGGCGCGGAAUUCAUCCCAGAGUUGCACAAGCACAAGCUGUCGGAUGUCAUCAGCAAAGGUGAAGAUCCACGCGUGGAAUCCUACUCUGGAUUUGGUCCUCCAUUUCGAAGUCCGAGGGUCAGUAUGAGCAACCUCGAUGCCACGUUGAAGAAUGCAGGCACCACCCACGUGUUCGUGGUUGGUCUGGCCCAUGAUUUUUGCGUCAAGUCUACAGCAAUUGACGCCGUCGAGCAUGGUUAUGAAGUCUUCGUAAUUGAGGAAGGUACAAAAGCUGUUAUGCAAGACGAGAUGAGCCUGUCCAAGACUCGCACUGAACUGCGAGAGGCGGGAGUUCAAUCCAUCUCUCUCGAUGCGCAGGUCCUGAAGAACCUCAGCGCUGCCUGAAAGCAACGCACCAGACGCCACCAAAUACUGCAGUAUUCCGCUUGCCUUUGGCCACCGGGCAGCGAAGCAAUAGUCGCGUCACAUUGCAACUUUCAUCCGGAAUUGCUGCAAAAGCUUGCAGAGUCGAUUGAUUCUUUUGCCGCUGCAGGAGAGCGGGUCGCGGCUAUGAGUCAGCAGGCCUGUCAUACUACAGCAGCGUAUUCCUUCUAUCAACAACGCCCUUGCGUUUAGGCACACGCGCCGGAAAUUGCUGGCUGGGUGCAUCUGACGUAUUUGCCCUGCGCCAGGCUCUCGGCUCACCGUCUUACGCAAGCCCUCACUCUUCACAUUGGCAGACGCAUAUGUCACGUCUGUCACGCGUUAGCGACAGUUGAGGACGCCGAACAGUUCCGGCUCCAAUUUUGAGCAGCAUUGGUCAGUCUAUGGAGCGCACAAUCUCACUGUAGUUUCCACAGACAUCUUCGCAGGGCGCGGACGACGUGGCAAUCUAUAAUGAAGGUGUCUUCGUACCUUCGUACAUUCGCUGGAGUGGCCUCGAACGUUGCGAAUACGGGCCAAAUUGUGCCCGCAUGGCCAAAUCCGGUUAGAAGCACGCCUAAUGCUUCCUCAUGAGCCAAGUCAUGGCGAUCAUGCAUUGUCACGAGCACUAUCCCGUUUCAUCACAAGAAGCAUAACUGCGCCCAACGUACACCGCACGGCAACAACCAAGUUCACAAUCGUACCUCGUAAAGGCACAUAUGCUUCUCGGAUACAACGACGGAAUUGACUAGCGAUAUCACAGGCAGACCGGAUGCUCGGAGACGAGUGCUCCCAUUCAGGAAGAAUGCGCCUAGAGGGACAACAUAUAAUAGCAGACAUCAUGGCCUCAGAAUCGUCCAUCAUCACUCAGCAGUUCCAGCAAUCAACAGUUUACUUCCUUCUCCAAAAGCACUUCUCUUCAUUCAACUGAUACAUUCCUUCGAAAUAAA